GCCCGCUUUUAGACUUAAGGAAAAACGAAAGAGAGCGUUUGCAUCUGACGUAAAGGGUAUUUCACAGUAUAAUAAGGUCAUUUUUCCUGUAUUGGAUGUUAGAAGCUUAAAUUAUUACGCAGAUGUCAUUUGUGAGAUGCAGUGCAAGACAGAUGCAUUAAUUAUUAUCAUCUACGACAUGACUGUUGACUUGCAGGAGAUGUUCUGCAAACAGAAGGGUUAUCUGGAGGAGGAGCUGGACUACAGGAAGCAGGCGCUGGAUCAGGCCUAUAUGCAAAUCCAGGAGCUGGAGGCCACCCUGUACAACGCACUGCAGCAGGAUAAAGUCAUCAAAUACGGAGAACCUCUGGACGAGCUGCAGAAGGACGAGUUACGCGCGGCUGUGGAGAAACUGCGCAGACAGAUGCUGCGGAAGAGCCGAGAGUAUGACUGUCAGGUGCUGCAGGAGAGGAUGGAGCUGCUCCAUCAGGCCCAUCAGGUACAGUUCAUGACACGCCUCAUCAUUUGUAACAUAUUUUCAUGCAUGUAGUAUACUGUGAAUCAUGAAACCAAACGUGAGACUUUGGCUUGAAAAGACAAAAUUCUGUCAUUUAUAUUUCAUAUUCCCAAGGAGAAAGGCCACAGAAGGCAUCCUC